UACUUCUGGGGCUGACAUUUUUAGCCGGCCGGCACAGCGCGCUCAACAUAAUUCGCGAGGUGACAAAAUGUCCAGAUUCCCGAGUGGACCUCUCGACGAAAUCACUGUCUAUUGCUAUAGUGAUUUCCCGGGCUCGAUCAAAACAAAACGGAGAUGAUCGAGGUUAAGUGAUUCAUCCAUUCGACUUUUCAAUGUUUCAAAUUAUUCACAGUACACGGCGGAAAUAAUUUCGACUCAACAUUCACGGCUAUCCGUCGAUGAAAUCCUUACGCAAUUAUUCCUUUAUCUCAAAAUUCACAAGGUAAAUAUCACAUAUACGCACGCCGAGUCGUGACGAGUCGGGGAGACAAUCGAGGAGAAACGCGAUGACGUCACGAGGUCCCGUAGACAGAAUCGUGAUCGACCUGGAGGAUGACAUCCCGGCGAGCGUCGGGCAGGAGAGCGCCCACGACCCUCUCGGAGUCCCCGAAUCCACCAGAGGAAAGUGCAAGAGGAAAUUCGACGUCACCCCCUCCGAGAUAGACUACGAGCCUCCUCAGAAAGAACGGUGCGUGGAGGCGAUGCUGGAGAUGUCGACCGAGCUGGAGUGCCCGGUGUGCAUGGCCUGCCUGAGCCCGCCGAUCCGGACCUGCUGGCGCGGGCACGGGAUCUGCCGGGCCUGCGUGGGGCGCGUCAAGUCCUGCCCGCUCUGCUCGUCCAAGCUCAACCCCAACCAGAACACGACCCUGGACAAGCUCGUCUCGCGGCUCCUCCUCCCGUGCGCCUUCCGCAAGUUCGGGUGCCCGAGGGUCCUCGGCGUCGCCGGGAAGCUCGCCCACGAGAACGAGUGCCCGCUCCGGGUCCUCGAGUGCCCCGUCUCGGUCGGGUGCCCGUGGCGCGGGAAGCAGGGCGAGAUGGCCGCACACCUCCGCCGCGACCACGCCGCCAACUGCACCCUCAUCGACUACGACCAGAAGAUCACCCGCCGCAUGGUCUUCUCCGACGACUUCCACGCCGGCGGCUUCCAGAACGCCAGCGUCAACUCACUCAUCGUCAUCGACAACGAGGUGCUGGUACUCCACGUCAAAGGUCGCCGGGAGCGGACCCAGCACUACGUCCUGCAGAGCCUGGGCAACGACGAGGCGGCGGCCAAGUUCCGCUACCGCCUCAUCCACACCUCCCCGCGCGGGCUCUCGCUCACCUACGAGGGCACCCCGAUCCCCAACAACCUCCUCGUCGACAGCGUCUGGUCCUCCAACAAGUGCCACCGCAUCCCGUGGGAGCUCUACGAGAACUUCUUCGAGCCCGACACCCAGGACGAGACCCUCCAGAUCCAGAUCUUCAGGAACGAGACCCCGGCCAGGGACGCUGGCGCCGGCGAGGACUCCGCCCCCCGAAAAGCGUAGACACGCCCAAACCACCGAAA